AUGUCUAAAAUAUUCCACAAGAAAGAACGUCGUGAAGAAGAAGCUGCCCCCCAGGUAGAGGAGAUUCCCUCUGUUCAAAAUGAGGCCCAAAUACCUGCUGACAACAAAUGCAGAACGAUGACACACAUCAAUUCAUAUCCAUUGGUGCAACAAACGAAGCACAUUUUGCGCCGUUUUCCUCCUACAAGAGUCGUAUUAUCGAAUACAAAGCCUAUCAUUAUUGGAGCCGUUACUUCUAAACCAAUGACACUAGUGAGGCCUGUAACAGGCAUUGCAGACCGUGUCUUUGACAAGACGUUAUCUGUUACGGAAAUGAUUGUCCCAUCCAUGAAGACGAAGACAUAUCAGAGACUAGGUGAAGAGAUUAUGCUACCAUACACAAUCACAAAGACUGUGGCCCAGAAGACAACAUCCACAGCCAAGUAUGCGCUGCGCACGUACUUCUUCGAACCAACCCAUGAACAAGUUUUAAAGUUCAGAAAGUACUAUAAUGAAAAAAUCAUUGAUACACAUGGAAAGCCACUCAUUAGAGGUACGUUAGACUGUAUUGUAGGACCGGUGAACAGACGCUACGAAAGUCUUAUCAUAAAAGUGCUACCAGAGGGUAAACCAGUGCCUACCACUGGUUUCACUAAUGAGUGUGACCGGAACUUGGCCUUGACAUGCAACAUGAUCGGACGUCUGGGACCUGCCGCUGUCAAGAAAACAUCUGCUAUCCUUUUCAGCCCAUGUAACUACGUUAAGCACGUCAACGACGUCUUUAACGACAACUUGGACCGACUGGAGAAUUUGCAAUGGGCAAACUCAUGGAAAGCUGCUAAGAAUGCAAUUGCAGAGUUGAAUGGUGAGACUCUUGAACAUGUCAAGAAUUUCAUCCCAGGAAACCGCACCAAGCCAGCUAAUGGCAACGGCAACAACCCCCCAUCGGGAGAUACUGAUAUGGUAACCGCAACUGUCGUAGAUCCCGAUAAAGAUGCCGCGGAAAAGGCCAGUGAGGCCCAGAAAUCCGUACCCAGUACCGAAUAG